AUGAAGCAGCCAUCCGUCUGUUCAUCAGCCUUCUUCGUCCUCUUCUUCUCCUUCCCCCUCUCCUGGGCACAGAGGUCAAGCCCAGAGGAUGAGAGGUCAUCCUGCAACCGCUGCAAUGAGCAUCUCUCCUGUAACUGCUCCUACAGUGGAUUCGAUAAUGUUCCCACGGUAACAGACAGUGCUCUGACCAUUGACCUGUCCUUCAACCACAUCACCACGGUGACCAAUGAUGAUCUGAGAGGACACACACGCUUAAGGGUUCUGAGUCUACGAGGUAACAUAUUAGCUCUAAUUCAGCCUGCGGCCUUUUCUCCCCUGUGGAGCCUGGAGGAGUUGGACCUGUCUGACAAUCAGCUGACCAUCCUCAACCAAGACUGGUUCAGCGAAUUAGGGGCCCUACGGCAGCUUAACCUACUGAACAAUCCAUACAGGGCCCUGGGGUCACCUCCAGUGUUUCAGGGGCUGAGAAGGCUGAGAAGGCUAGCGCUGGGAGGAGCCGCUCUAGAGGAGCUGAGGAGAGAAGCUCUGGCAGGAGUCACUCAGCUGGAGGAGUUCACUCUGCAUGCCAACAACCUGAAGAGGUAUGAGGCAGGUUCUCUGGCGGACAUGUGGCCUUUGGGUCGUGUCAUUUUAAGUCUCCAUGGUCCUUUCUUAAGCGACCCGGCCCUGGCCUCGGCCGUGCUCCGUGACGUGUCGUACCCCGAGACACCCAUGGUUCUCUCAGACCUGCAUCUGAUAGGAUACGAGUCUGUUCAGCCUUUAAGAGAGGCAGCCAAGAGCAGAAUCAGGUCCUUAACAUUCAGGAACUUCUCCCUAUCCGACGAGGCGAUUGUUAACUUCCUGCUGGUGUCCAGUGGAGCGCCUGUCACCUCUCUCAUAGUGGACGACAUUACGCUGACAGGCGAGGGCAGGUGGGAGAGAGCCAACUGGACCGACCACAAGAGCAUCGAUGAGUUCUUCAUACGCAAUGCAGAGAUACUAGAUGUCUAUAAGUUUGUUUCUCUUUUGGACCUCGGCUUUCUGCUCGCGUACCCCAGGAAGGUGUCAGUGAUCGGUUCCAAGGUGUUCGUGAUGCCCUGUCUGACCUCCCACCUCCUGGUGAACCUGCAGUACCUGGAUCUGUCGGACAACCUCCUGACAGACCUGACCCUGGUGGAGUCGCUGUGUCAGGGAGACGGCUCGAUGAAGGACCUCCGGGUCUUAAACGUCAGCACUAACGCUCUGAAGUCCCUGUCUACUCUGAGCUGGCUGGUGACGAAGCUCUCUAAACUGACCCACCUGGACGUCAGCGGGAACGGAUACAGCUCCAUGCCGCAGGGCUGCUCCUGGCCCCCCACACUGCGACACCUCAACCUCUCCUGGGCUAAACUCACCGCCGUCACGCCCUGCCUGCCCACCUCCCUGGAGGUAUUGGAUUUAAGCCACAACAACCUCAAGGCCUUCCCCGUGGCUCUGUCCCUGCCUGCCCUGAUAGAGCUCCACCUCUCCGGAAACAAGUUCCUGAGCCUCCCCGCUGGAGGGAUGUUCCCCAGUCUGCACACGCUGAUCAUGACGUCAAACACCCUGAAUAUGUUCGGACGGUCAGACCUUCAGUCCUACAGAAGGCUACAGAACCUCCAGGUGGGUCAGAACAAGUUUGUCUGCUCCUGCAAUUUUGUCUCCUUCUUCCAGUCGUACCGUGACAGUGGAAGAGAGGAAAAGGUGAGGCUGACAGACGGAGAUGAGAGCUAUAUCUGCGACUCCCCUCUGCAUUUGCGGGGGGAGCUGGUGAGCCGGGUUCGUUUCACUUUAUCGGAGUGCCACUUGGUCCUGUUGGUGUCCUCGAGCUGCGGGACGGCACUGGUCCUGGGGAUUCUCCUGGGAGUCCUGCUGUGGCACAUUCAUGCAUUCUGGUAUGUCAAGAUGAUGUGGGCGUGGCUAAAGGCCAAGCGUAGCUCCGCCUCCCGGAGACACCGUCGCCAUGCAGAUGGAACAGCUGUGGAGCCAUUGCUGCGCUUCGACGCCUUCGUCUCCUACUGCGAGAGAGACGCCGGCUGGGUGGAGAACUUCCUGGUCCCCGAGUUGGAGGAGCCAAGGCAGAACGAUGAAGGUGCCCAGAAUGCCGAAAACCUGCAGCCUCUUUCCCUGUGCCUCCACAAACGGGACUUCCUCCCGGGACACUGGAUAGUGGACAACAUCAUGAGUGCUAUGGAGCGAAGCCGGCACACCAUCUUCGUCCUCUCAGAACACUUUGUUCGCUCUGACUGGUGCCGGUAUGAACUGGACUUCUCCCACUUCCGCCUUUUUGAUGGGGAUGCCAAUGGGGACGCGGCCAUCUUGGUCCUGCUGGAGCCACUGUCCAAGGACGACAUCCCCAGACGCUUCUACAAGCUGCGCAAGCUCAUGGGCUCGACCACCUACUUGGAGUGGCCACAAGAAGAAGAGAGGAGAGCCGAAUUCUGGAGAAACCUCCGCAACGCCUUGAGAGGAGAUGAGGAGGAGGACUGAGGGGAGAGUAGAGCAAUAGCAGUGAGGACUAUGUAAAAGAUCUAGCCGUUUUUAAAAGGUAUAAUCAGUAAAGAAUUUUUCU